AUGGCAAUAGGCAAAUGGGUGAAGUUGCUCUUAGAAAGCUUUAGUAGGUAUCUGGGACCUUGGGUGAUGGCUGCAGUCCUCCUAGGGAUGCCAGGACCAUGGGCCAAUGAUUAUCGUGAACAAUCUGAUCAUUAUACAACAAAAAUUGGUGGACUACCUGACUGGCCUCUUCCUGAGAAAUCCGUGACACCUGAUCUGCUUGAGUGCAGUGCAUGUGGAAGUAAACUAAGUCUUGUUGCUCAGGUUUAUGCCCCAAUUUCAAGUAAAAACUUAAAGAUUGAAGAGCGUGUUCUUUUUGUUUUUGGUUGUCUAAUGCCAAAAUGUGGGAGCACACCUCUUAGCUGGCGAGCUCUUCGUGUUCAAAAAUUACACAAUAAGGAGGAACCAAAUGCUGCUUCUCAGGAGGUGGUCCCUUCAACUUCAUCAGUAUCAGCUUUAAACACCAGCUGGUGGGAGGAUUGGGAUGAUGAAGAUGUAGAUCUGGAGGAGUUGGGUAAAGCACUUAAUGCCGCUGCGAGCUUGGCUUCUCAUGCCAAGAAACCACAUAGGAAGGAUAAUCGUAAGACUUCUACAAUGCAAUCACCUUCAAGUCAGUUGGAAAAAGUGGUAGACGUUAACAAACCUGUGGUGCCUUGUUUUUAUAUAUACACUCAAGAAGAGCCAUCCUCAAAGAAUCUUACUUCUUUAUGUUCAAAAUACUCAUCACUUUCCAUUGCAAAAGAAGGAAAUAAUGACAAGGAUCAUGUACAAGAUGAAACUUGGGCAGAGGAAGCAUAUGAAUAUGAUAAAGCUUUGACUGCUGACAGGACAUACCUUAAGUUCAAGAAACGGUUGGAUGCAUAUCCAGAACAAUGUUUCAGAUAUUCAUAUGGCGGAAAGCCACUCCUGGCUUCAUCAGCUGAAGGAGACCCUGGGAAAUGCAGGCUGUGUGGUGGAUCAAGGCAGUAUGAAAUGCAGCUAAUGCCUCCGGUAUUAUACUUUGUACAAGAAGCAGCUGAUGAUUGUCAGAGACCAUCAUUGGAGAACUGGAAUUGGAUGACACUUAUGGUAUAUACUUGUUCCAAGAGCUGUUCUCAACAUGAUGAAGGAAAGUCCAGGAAGGGGAACUGGCUUGUGACAGAGGAAGCUGUUGUGGUGCAAGUAGAGAAAUCUUUUCAUGGGUUAGCCGAACGUGGCUAUUUGUCAUAA